AUGGCCUACGACACCUCGAGCGGCUAUGCGCCGCCCAGCACGAGCAACGCGCAAGACGAUGCAUCACUGCCUAUGUUCAGCAUAGAGCGCGUCGCAUUGCAGUUCUCCAUAUCUUCGGAUUUCGUUGCGGCUGCAGUAGCCAACAAUGUUCUUGUACUGGCUCUCUCGACUGGCCGCAUCCUGCGCAUCGACCUAGACAGCCCAGCAGACAUAGACGAUAUUGACUUGCCCAAGAAGCCGUCUGAGAUUGGCGUAAUUAAGCGUCUCCUCCUCGACCCCUCCGCGUCGCACCUCAUCGUAACCACCACACUCGCCGAAAACUACUACCUCCAUACGCAAUCACGGACUCCCAAAGCGUUAUCGCGACUAAAAGGCGUCGUCAUUGAGAGCAUAGCAUGGAACCCCUCGCAGCCUACGGCAUCCACACGGGAGAUCUUGGUGGGAGCGUCAGACGGCAAUGUCUACGAGGUCUUCAUUGAGCCUUCAUCCGAAUUCUACAGGCGGGAGGAGCGCUACCUGAAGAGCGUAUACAGUACGACAGAUGGCCCAGUCACUGGUCUCUGGACGGACAUAAUACCUGGGAGGCAAGAUCUGCGUCGUGUAAUAGUAGCAACACCAUCGACAUUUGUUCAAUUCGCUGGGAAAGUUGGGCGAAAUGCGCAUGAGGGCAGCGGCUCGAUCUUCUACAAGUUCUUCGAGAGUGAGUCUGGGACCGUACAUGAGCUUCCGAACGUGUCGCCCACGUCCACCUCGCUUCUAGCCGUAUCUCCGGAGAACCAACAGACGCCGGACCAAGAACGUCUUAAUGGCGAGCGCAUCUUUGGCUGGCUCACAUCACAAGGUGUUUUGCAUGGCAAGCUAUAUCUUUCGCAAGAUACUUCCGAUCUUGGGGCCAAGGUACUGGCAGAUUCCAAGCUACUGCCACGGUCACAGAUCCCCGCAUCACAGACCGCGAGUGGCCGAACAAGGCGAACGAACGAUGCUGUCAGCUCGAUGAUUCUCAGUCAGUGGCAUAUCUUGCAGCUAGUGGAAGGCAGGGUAGUGGUCAUCAAUCGCCUCGAUGACACUGUUGUCUUCGACCAAGUCGUGCUUGAGCCUGGGCAGAGCGCGUUGAGCCUUGUUGCUGACAUCAAGUCGAACACCUACUGGCUUUUCACGACCCGUGAGAUCUUCGAAAUCGUCGUGACAGAUGAAGCAAGAGAUGUGUGGAAGGUCAUGCUCCGGUCACAGCAGUUCGAGGCUGCUUCACAGUUCGCAAAAACCUCGGCGCAAAAAGACGCUGUUGCAACAGCAUCUGGCGAUUACUUGGUCGGCAAAGGCCAGUACCUGGAGGCAGCUGCCGUUUACGGACGAAGCACAAAGCCUUUCGAGCAAGUAGCUCUAACGUUCAUCGACCAAGGUGAACAAGACGCGCUUCGAAAGUACCUGCUUACGAAGCUAUUCACACUGAAAAAGACGUCUCUCAUGCAACGUACCAUGGUUGCUACAUGGCUCAUCGAGUUAUACAUGGCAAAGCUGAAUACACUGGAUGACACUAUCACAACCAAAGCUGAGCUCUCCGAAAGCAUGAAUACUGCAGAAACCCAAGACCAUCUCUCGGCCAUCAGGAAAGACUACCAAGAAUUCGUUUCGAAGUACAAGACCGAUCUGGACCGCAAGACAGCCUACGACAUCAUUAGCAGCCAUGGCAGAGAAGAAGAACUGUUGUAUUUUGCCACGGUUGUGAAUGACUACAAUUACGUUCUUUCAUACUGGGUUCAACGCGAGCGCUGGCAAGAAUCGCUAGCUGUACUCAAGAAGCAGACCGAUCCAGAGAUCUUCUACAAGUAUAGCAGCGUGCUCAUGGCCCAAGUCCCCGUUGAGCUUGUCGAGAUUAUGAUGCGCCAGUCGAAUCUCAAUGCCCAGAAGCUCAUUCCAGCUUUCUUGAACUACAACAACACCAGCAAAGCUCCCAUGAACCAGAAUCAGGCCGUCCGUUACUUGCUCUUUGAGAUCAAUCAGCACCAGUCAACUGACGCUGCGAUACACAACACUCUCAUCUCCAUCUACGCUUCGCACUCGACAACAGAUGAGUCAGCAUUACUUGCAUAUCUAGAGGGACAAUCGCUCGCGCACGAGCAGAACUACGACGCAGACUUCGCCCUGCGCCUCUGCAUUCAACACAAGCGUGUGCAAUCCUGCGUGCAUAUUUACAGCUCUAUGGGACAAUACGUCCAAGCUGUAGACCUUGCGCUGAAGUACGACGACAUCGACCUUGCAAGUAAUGUUGCCGAUCGCUCGAACACCGAACCCGCCCUCCGCAAGAAGCUCUGGCUCGCCAUUGCCAAGAAAGUUAUCUCCCAGUCAUCAGGCAUCAAGACGGCAAUCGAGUUCCUGCGCCGUGUGGACCUGCUGCGUAUCGAGGAUCUGAUCCCCUUCUUCCCUGAUUUCGUGGUCAUCGACGAUUUCAAGGAGGAAAUUUGCACAGCGCUUGAAGACUACAGCCGCAAGAUUGACGAGCUCAAAAAAGAGAUGGAUGACUCUGAAGAGACAGCGCAGCAUAUCAAGAGUGAUAUCAAAGCUCUUGAUCAGCGCUAUGCUAUCGUCGAACCAGGAGAGAGGUGCUAUGUGUGCGGACUGCCGCUGCUUGCGAGACAGUUCUUUGUGUUCCCGUGCCAGCAUGCGUUCCACAGCGACUGUCUGGCAAAAAAGGUGGUUGAGCUGGCGGGUAUUGCGAGGGGUAAGAGGAUUGCUGAAUUGCAGCUAGAUGUUAGCAAGGGAACAAGUACGGGCACGAAGAGGGAAAAGGCAAUCAGAGAGCUCGAUGCGCUCGUGGGAUCAUCCUGCGAACUGGCUGUCAAGCUCAUUGAUGAGCCGUUCAUCAGCGCGACGGACGACAAGGAAGAGUGGGCGCUGUAA